UAGAUACCGUCAAGCCGAUAAACAUGUCCGAAGUGGGAGAUUUGAUUGUAAAGUUUCAGAAAAAUGAACACAAAAUAACAGGACUUCUAGAUGUUGAUACAGUGGCAGACUUGAAAAAUGCCAUAUACAAAGCAACUAGCGUUUUACCAGAGAGGCAGAAGCUUCUUGGUUUUAAAAUUAAAGGUAACCAGUUGACGGAUGAUCUGAUUUUGUCAUCUCUAAAGCUGAAACCAAAUUCCAAGAUUAUGCUGAUUGGUUCAACAGAAGAUGAACUGGCUAAAGUAGCAGAGCCUCCGUCAGAUAUUCCUGAAGUUAUCAAUGACUUUGACAUUGAAGAAGAGGAAAUUGCUAUUGAAAGCAGAGAGGAGUUUCUGAGCAAGGUGGAAAGACGUGUGAAGGAGUACAAGAUAAAAAUCCUGAAUGACCCUCGACCUGGAAAGAAAUUGCUGGUGUUGGACAUAGAUUACACUCUGUUUGACCACCGAUCUGUUGCUGAAAAUGUAGUUGAGUUGAUGCGUCCCUAUCUGCAUGAGUUCCUUGCAUCAGCGUAUGCCGAUUAUGACAUUGUUAUUUGGUCGGCAACUGGAAUGAAAUGGAUUGAGACAAAGAUGAAAGGUCUUGGCGUGGAAGGCAACCCCAACUACAAAAUCAGUUUCUAUCUCGACAGUGAUGCUAUGAUUAGUGUACAUACACCAAAAUACGGAGUUAUUGAGGUGAAGCCACUAGGUGUGAUUUGGGGAAAGUUCAACCAGUGGUCAGCGAAAAACACAAUCAUGUUUGACGAUAUACGUAGGAACUUCAUUAUGAACCCACAGUCAGGUCUCAAGAUCCGACCAUUUAAGAAAGCACACUUUAACCGCAAUACGGACACGGAAUUGUUAGAGUUGGCCAAGUAUCUGACGGAUAUUGCUGAGUUAGAUGACUUCACAGUGCUUUGCCACAAAAAGUGGGAAAGGUACAACAAGCACAAACACUCUAAACCUAGCAGAAGCAAUGUGGAUAAGAGUACUGGUGAAAAGUCAUCUGAAGAUAAGACAUGAAACCUGAUUGGUUGCUACUCCUGUACUGUUGUAGCUGAUUGGUUGUCACACAUUAAGGCGGCAUAGAAUAUGUUGAGUUUCAGCCACUAACGUCUUUCAUAGAUGUGUAAAUGUUAAGCUCACCCUACACCCACCUAUAACGAGAACAUAAACAUCAAGGGCCUAAUUCAGUAAAUUCUUGUAACUUUACGAUUUCGCAGUGCAAUGCGAAAUGACUUGCCAGAACAAUGUGAUGUUACUUAAGAGAGCCUAAGAGAGCUUUGUUAAAAAGGUCCCAGCUUUUUGAGACUAGCCUAGAAAUCAGCUCUGUGAAAUCCAUUAUUUUCAUGGACUUAAGUUCGCAUGGUUUUACUAAAAUACACAAUUCUUUAGGUACUCAGAUUCGGGGAUUGAAAAAAUAGUAUAAUAAAUUUGUAUUGUAUGUAUACGUAAAUUAUAAUUUCUUAAAUUUGUUGACUGCACUAGUCCACGAAGUACAAAAAGAUUAGACCCCCAUGAAUAAAAGUGAUUUCACAGUAUGUUGGAUUAUCAAGGAUUAUAAAAACUCUGGAUUUGUUUUAGAAUUCCAGAUUUUAGUGCUAUCCAUGCACUGAUCCUGGCAAUAUUCUUUGAUGAAAAGCUAAUAACUCCCAAAUUUUCAAGAGCCUGCUUUGGAAUUUUGCUUCAUAGUUAUUUUCAUCUCUGCAUGUUAUAUAUAUAUAUAUAUAUAUAUAUAUAUAUAUAUAUAUAUAGGGAAUAACUGGUUGCUGUCUUAAGGUAUCGGCU